AAAAAAAACAGGAGUACCCACUCAUCUGCAUUCAGCCCACGGAUGAGAUGCUAUUUAAAUGGCUCGGGCUCACACCGGAGCACAUCUUGAGACCAUGAAGACUGACAGCAACGCAUGCCAGGUGGCAUCCAUCGGCGGCCGAAGGCAAAGUUUGAUCGAGGAUGCCCGGCGGGAGCGCAGUGCCGGAGGUCAGCCAGGGACCUCACGGGGGGUGGACGCGCAAGUUUUUGAGGAGAAGGAGGGCCGAGUGACCCUAAACGUGCUGUUCCACCUCAGCAACGAGAAGAAUGGGGGGUUCUUCAAGACAGGCAAAAUAUUUGAGACAUUCGACGCCAAGCUCCUCCAUGUCGAAAGCCGGCCGUGCAAAAGGUCCAAGAACAGCACGUCCGACUUGGAAUUCUUCGUCAAGUGCGAGGUGCACAGCUCCGACCUCGAGGUCUUUGUCAACUCACUCAAGAGAGUGGUGGAUAACGUUAGGUCCAUCCCAGAGGAAAAAGUCCCCUGGUUUCCUCGACAGAUCAAGGAACUGGACAGAUGCAACUUGUUGAUCACCAAAUUUGAUCCGGAGAUGGACAAGGACCAUCCAGGCUACACAGACCCAGAAUACAGAAAGCGCCGAGCCUUCAUUUCAGAGCUGGCCUACAGAUACAAACAGGGUGACCCGCUGCCCGAGGUGGAGUACACAGCAGAAGAAACAGCCACAUGGAGGGAGGUAUACAAGAAGCUGCGGAGCAUUUACGCCAAUCUGGCGUGCCGACAGUUCCUGGACGGCCUGCAGAAGCUGGAAAGCGAAUGCGGCUAUGGCGAGGAGCGCAUCCCUCAGCUCAGAGACAUUUCUGCCUUCCUCAAAGAAAAAACGGGAUUCCAGCUGCGUCCGGUUGCCGGCCUGCUGUCCGCCAGGGACUUCCUCGCCAGUUUGGCUUUCCGCGUGUUUCAGUGCACGCAGUAUAUCCGCCACGCGUCGGCGCCCAUGCACUCUCCCGAGCCGGACUGCAGCCACGAGCUGCUCGGUCACAUCCCCAUGCUGGCAGACAAAGAGUUCGCCCAGUUUUCCCAGGAGAUUGGAUUGGCCUCGCUCGGAGCAUCACAAGAAGACAUUGAGAAAUUAUCUACGCUUUACUGGUUCACUGUGGAGUUUGGCCUUUGCAAACAGAAUGGGACGGUGAAAGCUUACGGCGCAGGACUUCUCUCAUCCUAUGGAGAACUCGUGUACGCCCUGUCCAACGAACCCGAGUACAAGGCCUUCGAUCCCGAGGAGACCGCCGUGCAGCCCUACCAGGACCAAAGCUACCAGCCAGUUUACUAUGUCUCGGAAAGCUUCGAGGAUGCCAAGAUGAAAUUGCGGAAGUACUCUACAACCAUUCAGCGACCAUUCGCCGUGCGCUAUGAGCCCGUCACCUGCAGCGUGGACGUUCUGGAUGAGCCCAGCAAGAUCCAAACUGUCCUGUGCGAGACACGAGACCACCUGAAGAUACUGCAGGGUGCCUUGGAGAAGCUCGGCUUCUCCUGAGAACAAGGGCAGACAAAUCGACUGGAGAUGGAUGACAUCCGUUCAAAACGAGAGUCGUAGUUUGCCGUUCACUUGUCUCAAAUUGCUGUCUCUGGUACACAUGGUAUUACGAACAGAAAUAAAGGUUUAUUUUUCGCGACGGCGUCUCUUUUGCCGACAUGUUUAGGGAAAAAGCCAGCAGGACCAGAGCACUACAUAAGCAACACUUGCUCACAGGCCGUUUGUCUCCAAACUUGACAAUUUCCAUGUCGGGAAAUUCUUGGAAGGCGUUGACUUGCAUGUGUUGUUAAGCAGGGAGAAUGAGCCCAUUAUGAAUGAUUUAAGUAUCAAGUUGCGUCCGCCGGUCAAAGUCAGAGCCAACGGUGGGGCCUCGCGGGCCGACAGGGCCAGGUCAGCGGGACCUCACAGUCGACCAAGAGCUUCUCGCAGCCGCAGCGAGUGCUAUUACUUUCAUUUCCUCCGGAGACUGGAGACGGGCAGCUCUUUGAGCUUCCGACCGCGGCCCAGGUUUCUGAUCUCCUCAGGCGACAUCAGAGCAACGCCGAUCGAUAGUCAUCACUCCACUAACAACACAGUCAGCUCCUCAGAUCAGCCGCCUUUCUCCCAAACCUUCCAAUAAUUCCCAUGGCCAAUUGUUUUAAACCCUGAACUGGCCUCUGCGGGAAGCCCGGGAAGAAGAGAAGAGCGAUUAGGGAGUGGCGAGCGCAGGCGAGGCCGACGUCAAACACGACCUCAAUCCUUGCUUCCGAGGCUUUCAAAGCCACAAAUCCCGGAGAAACCACGGCCAGGAUGCGGGUCUGCCCGAGGGCCAAAGCGCAGCAGGUUUCCGCGGCAACGAUUAGGAGAUCCAGCGAGAUUCUUGCGCUCAGCGCGGCUAGCCACAAAUCCCAACAGGCUGUAUCAUCCUGACUCCGAGCAGAAGUGUUUGCAUGGACAUCCCGAGCCGGCUUGGCGUGGUUGCCUCCUUUGCAGAUGGGAGCGCGGGUCGGUGGGUUCACUGAGUCCUGUGAAACGCGCGUGAAGUUCAUGAUUCCUUUCUCAACACUUUGAGCCUCGCAGUCAACAAAUCCUCUUCGCACAAGUUCAGCGAAAGGACAUACACUCACUGUGAGGAUCCUGACUGACAACGCUAGGAAUGAGUCAAUGACAAACAAUGAGUAUCAUAAAUGCAGGUACAUGAAUAUAAAGACUUACUAUGCUGCAUUCCCAUGUGUGUUUGGCUGUAGCGGUUCCUCCUGCAA